CUUGUAGCUACAGCGAUAAAAAGCAAGUUAGAGCAGAAUGAAUGUGGCUUCAUCAGAAAGAUGGCGAGUGCACGCGCACGCUGUGACAGCCCAGCCUCUGAUGGCAGGGCUCUGCAGGUUUGUGGGUUAAUUGUUGUUGGAAGGAGGCUGAAGUCAGACCGGUUGUCUCUUUAAAUCAGGCUGCAGYGUUGAUGUGCCCUGAAGCUGAAAUGAACUCCGUAGCCUCCAUCCAUUUCCCGGCGGCUGCUCUCAGCGCGCCUGUCUCCUCCUCUGCGCUGCAAUCUGUUGCAAACAGCUCCGCUCCUUGCAGGCUGCAGCUCGUGGCGUUCCGCGAUGGGAAACUCUUCCCCUGCACCGGGAACUCGUCCAAGCUGGCAGACGACGGCAAGCGCAGGAGCGUGUCCACACCGGUUGCUUUCUCCAAAUUAGAUGGCUGCAGCCUCGGGAUCGCCGCCGUCACCGUCGCGCUCAGGCACCGGGCUCCGGGCGUAGACCCCGCCGCGGCCCACUGGGACUUUGACCUGCUGGAUGGACGCGGCGGCUGGAGGGCAGAGGGCUGCCACAUAACCCAGUCCGGGGGCGACACCACCACCAUCCGCUGCAGCCAUCAGAAUAAGAACUUUGCCGUGCUAAUGGAUCUGAAGAAGGUGCUGUCUUUCCCCCCCUACCCCGGGGAGUUUCUGCACCCGGUUGUGUACGCCUGCACGGCUGUCAUGUUGCUUUGCCUCUUCGCCUCCAUCAUCACCUACAUCGUGCACCACAG